GCGAGUGGCCGCCCCUGAGUAGGACAAGCUGCGAAGGUUUACUCUGUAUUUAUCUGAAGGCUGUAUAUAUCUAUACACGAUCACAACUAGUAGGUUACAGAAGUUCAGUUACAAGUUACUGAUUCCAUUAAAGCAGAAUCAUGGCAACUCUAGAUCUGGAUCCAGUGUUUGUAAAAGCUCUGCGUCUUUUACACUCAAAGUCUAAAGACUCGGCCCUUCAGCUUCGGGCCAUGCUUGAUGAAUCUAUUACUGCAAGGAAGGCCCAGAAAUCAUCAGGUUCUUUGGACAGUGAUCACAAAGCAUCUAGUAAAUCAUCUAAAGAUGAAGACAAUAAGAAAAGGAGUGCUGAUAAGAUAAAACAAGAUGUGUCUGACAUUAGUGGGCCCUCAGAGACAAAGCGACUAAAGACAGACUCCUCACCGACAUCAUCACACAGUAAAGAAGAAAAAAAAGAGAAAGAGAGAGAAAAGGAAAAGGCAAGGAAAGAGAAGGAGAAGAAGGAACAGAAAGAGAAAGAAAGAGAGCGACUGGAGAAAGAAAGACAGAGGGAACUUGAGCGAGAGCGAGAGAAGGAGAAAGAAAAGCUAAAAGAAGAAGAGUCUGAUGAAGAAACAGAAGAAGAUGAGGAGGAGGAAGAUGAUGGGAUAGCUGUAGAUGCUGAUGAUUUUGCCAUUGGUUUGGGCAUUUCCUGUGAGGUCUGCAGGCAGUUCGAUGUCAGCUCAGGAAACCAGUUGGUGGAGUGUCAAGAAUGCCAUGCUUUGUAUCAUCAGGAGUGUCAUAAACCACCAGUUACUGAGCAGGAUGUUAAUGACCCUCGCUUUGUCUGGUACUGUAACAAGUGCUCUCGGUCCAUGAAGAAAAUGGCCGCACAAAAACCAGCCAGAACAAAGCCAGAAAAGCCCACUACACCAGUCAAGGAAGUUGUUAGUAAUGUGAAGCCCCUCAAGCCUGACAUUACUCCUGCCACUUUUGCAUUCCGCCGUUUGGAAGUCAAGCCUACCACAUCAAAUGCCAAGGAGACACCAAGUGUUCCGGUGUCUUCUAAACCACUUCUGGGACUUGCGAGCUUAGCAGCCAAUCUCUCCAAGCCAGCUGCAACUAAACCAGAGACAUCCAAACCUUCCCAGCCAGCCUGGAAAGCAGAACUGACUAAAUCAAGUUCCAAAGAUGGAGGAGCUGAAAAGACCGUCACUCGUGGAGAGGGAGGAAAAACAGUGAAAGAGGGCAAAACAGGGGAGAUCACCAAGCCAGGGUCUCCAGCAGGCUCGGGCUCAGGGAGUAAGGGCGGAAGUGGAAAUGGUGGAAAGCAAUCACCAGCAUCAUCUGCUUCAGCCAGUUCCUUGGCCAGUGCCAACAAGCGGCUGCAAAUUAUGAAAAAGAAUGCUGCUCGCCAGCAGGAAAAGAGAGUGCACAUCAAGUGAAGAAUCUUGUGCGUUUGUGUAAGUGCCGAAAUGUUAAUAUUCAUUUACAUGUCUGUUUGCAUGGCUGCAUGUGUGGACAAAAUUGGUAUUUUAAUUCUGUACAGUUUACCCAAAUGAUGAACGAAAAAUCCCACAUCUACUGAAUGACUGAGCAAUAAACGCUGAAUUAAAGAGUUAAGGAUGUGAAUGUGCUCUCAUCAAUGACCACAAGUUGAUUAUGUAAAAUAUUUUUCAAGCCCAGUCAUUUAGCAGACAUGAGCUAAUAUGAACAAUGCCAAAAAAGGCUACGAAUGCAACACAAGCUGCAAAUUUAACUGAAUAGAAGUUGUGCUUCCCUAAACACACAUCAGAAUUAUCUUGUCUUUGGAGAGUGAUGUGUGUAUCUCAUCCAAUUUUUUUGAUGGUAAUAAAAAGAGCAGCAACAAUAAUAAUUAUGGUUUUAACAAUAUAUAUAUAAAAAACUGAAAACAGAGAAAACGAAGUGUAUGAUGUUUUAAAAGAAUAGAACCAUGUAAGACUGGUCAGGCUUUCUUGCAGCCUUGUGCUCUAAAGACAUCUCUUUUCUGCCUAUUUGCUUAAAAUCCAGUAGUUUUUGCUUUAUAAGCAAGUUUUGCUUUCCAUAAAAUCAGACCUUGUCGUUGGUUUCCCCUUUUAAAUUGCAAAGAUUGGAGAUUUGAAUUUCCCAACUUGUGUGCUGUCUAGUUAACUUUUCCUCUUGUGCAGCCUUCUUCUAAAGGAAUCUGUUGUGUUGCUAAAAAAUGUUAGCAUGUUUUUGUACUGAAAGUGAUGUGAAGGACACAACGAUGGAAGGAUGUAUGAUGUGUUCUGCAAUCUGCAAUGUUGUAAUGAAAAUUUUUAAUAUUUGAUAUGCAGAACACAUCAUACACUCUUCCUUCGUUGUGUCUCAUUCUCUCAUUCAUGUAUCAUUUGUUCAAAUUUGAAUAAGAGAAUGAGAUUUUUCAAUA